CGAGGCUUCCUCCUCCCCUUCACCGCUGACCUAUACUCGGGUGAACAUGGUUGAAGUGUCCGAGAGAACUUUGCAACUUGCCGUCGUUCUGUCUUUCACUUCGGGGGUCAUUAUCGGCUGGCAGGCAAACAUCCUGAGGAGGAGGUUCCUGGAUUGGAGGAAAAAGCGGCUGCAGUCGAAACUGAUCGAGACGCAGAAGAAACUGGAUUUAGCUUAAGUAGGGGACAGUGAAGGGCGCCUCAAUCCGCUGGGAUUUCUUUUCUCAAGACAAACAGGCCAAUAACAUGCAGAAGUAAAGACCUGAGAUGCCAGUAGUGACUGUGAAAAUACUGGUAGAAUCCGUUUUCUGAAGCAAUCAAGUGAAGCGGCACCUGUAGAAAAGACUCUUCUGUUUUGAACUCUGAUUCAGGAAUUGUUUACACAGAAAGCUGUUUUUGUUUUGAAUGUCUUUGAUUAUGCCCAAGAAGCAGAUUUGCUCCUCACUGUUUCUUAAUGUGCAAAAUAUUUAGUGACUUAAGGGUAAUUUGUAUCUACAUUUUAAAUGAGAUAAUGUUUCUAGUGCAAAAGCUGUAGGGAUAGGAACAAGUAAUGGCAAACUUUUAUUUCAGAGUGAGUUUCAAAAUAUUUUUCCCCUCUUAUAACAGUUGUGCUUUUUAACAUUUCAAGGAUAAAUAUUGGAAUGUCUUCAAGGGUAACACUUUUUUUUUUCUUACAUUGAUUUUGAGGAGAUCUUUAGAUUGUCCUGAACUAAAAGCAGCCAAAUUCAGCUGAUUUUGAACGUCUAUUUACUUUUGGGAAAGAUGCUGCCUAUGAUGAACUGUGGAAAAAAACAUUUUUUGUUGGGGGGGACAGUAAAUAAACAUUUAAUUUGGUAGUAUUUUAGUAGUGAGGCGUGCAUAAACAUAGAAUUAGCUCUAUAAGCAUAAAGUGGAUAUUUGGGGUUCAGUCAACCAGACCGUUUUAAGAGGAAAUUAGAUGGGCAACUGAAAAAUAAAUAAAAAUCUAAAAAUUAUACACAGAGAAAGCAUAAAAUGAGAUUGGAGAAGAUGACUCCAUAUGGAGCUAGAAGCAGCAUUGUCAUGAUGGAGUGAAAUGACUACAGUAUUGUCUUGCAUAAGUGGGGCAUUUUGCAGGCACUACUAGUGUAAUUCCAGCCAUACCAGGAAUUUUAGCAUAAAUUUGGAGUGAUGAGCUCCAAGUUUCUCUUUGCAUGUUUUGCACUGGUUAUUCUUUUUAUAUCUUUUUAAGUCAAUUUAUGCAGGUAUACAUAUUUCAUUGUCAUAAUCAAUGGGUUUGGGGUGGAGUUUGGGUUCAGAAUUUUCAUUGCAAAGUAUUAACCGGACUGAUUUUUUUUACUGCGUGGAAUACUAACCAAUGUGAAGAAAUCGCACCAGUUUGUUAACAAUACAAUGCUGUUUUUUUUCCUGCAAUACCUGUUUUAAUAAAGGUUGAUUAUUUGUACCACCUGCA